AUGAGAGGGUGGUGCGCUCUGGCACUCCUCUUCAUUUGCACCAAUGCAGAUGAGGGGCAGUGUGUCCAUGCCUUACUUCCUCCUGGCUUCAACUUGAGUGGAAGGCUCCUCCUACCACAGGCCAUGGUGCCCAUUUGUACCACCACAACGACCACAUGCUCGACCACCUCAACAAGCUCCAGCAGCAGAAGUCACACAACAACCACGCGAACAUCGACUAGCUCCACUUCACAGACCACCCUAUCGAGUUCCACCACUUCUACACCAACAUCGCUGACUUCCAGCACGUCCUCGUCCAGUUCAGGUACAGACACAACUUCCAUCUCAUGGACAUGGACGACCACCACUUCCACUGCAUCAACUUCGGCCACGACCAGAACGAGCACGUCUAGCACAACAGGGAACCAAACUACCUCAACCACAACUGUGACCACAAGCAUAACCUACACAGGCACAUCAAGUUCUUUCACAUUUUCGACUGUAACACAAACUACAAGCAAUUCAACAAGCACCAGCAUGACUGUGAUCACCAGCACGACGUCCUCUUUGAGCUACACUACUAGCACACCAAAAUCUAGUACAUCCACUGCAGUGACUUCAAGCUCGAGCUCGUCCACGUCUACCUCAACAUCGACGACGACAAGCUCGUCAACGUCAACAACAAGCAGCACCAGCUCAUCGAGCUUCACCAAAACUAGUGCCACUUCAACUUCUGUCUCGUCAAGCAGCAGCACUGUCUCCACAAUCACUGUCACGCGGUCUACUCAGACCAGCACUUCCAGUACAAGGACUGCCACCUCCAAGUCUACUACAAGCUCCACCCAGUCAAGGUCAUCCACAACUAGCGUAAGCACCACAUCAACCAGUGCAACCACACUGAGCACCAGCACAACUAGAACCUCAAGCGUCACCUCGUCAUCCUCCACUUCCACCUCAACGUCUUCCUCUUCAUCCAGCACAACAACAACUCGUGCUUGGUGCCAGAGCUUUCUGCCAGGCAUACCACCCUUGCAAGACGACAACUGCACUGAGCUUCAGGAAGGGGACAUUUGCUUUGCAGUGCCAGUGAACAAAGCAGAAAAUGAAACAGAUAACAUCACUGAAUACAACAUGAGUGAUGCUUUUGGAUGCUAUGCCACAAGGGCUUCAGAGUUGUUGUGUGCACGUUCUGGUGUGGCUUUGCCGAUCUCACAGACGAUCCGAUGCCAAGUGUGCGGAGGAGGGAGCUUUGAAGAUAUGGAAGAUGCCACAGGGAAACUGAAAGGCACACUAUUUUGGGGCCCCAAUUCUGUGGAUGGUGAAAUUGACGAGACUUUGCUGGAUGGUUAUGACAUUUGGCUAGUUGAUGCCUGCGGUGAGCAGUAUGGGCAUCUGGGGCAAGUGUUGAAGCUGGACAUUCGCAGCAAGUGUUGCAACACUGAAGCCUACAACUUCACCUUUGAUGUGAUCGACAUGCCGAAGGAACACAUGAGUUUCAUGAUCACGCCCUUCAAGGCUGAAGAUCGACUGCUUGCUGGCACUCUGAUCCCCAUUCAAGAGCGCACCACCACCACAACAACAACCACAACGACGAGAUCUGCUACCACAUCGACGGCCACGUCAGUGACGUUGACGGCCACGAGUAGCAAAACUUGGACAUCAUCUUUCACAACAACUUCUUCGACAACAGUGACGACAGUCACCACACUCUCCACAUCAACCGUUCCCACUACAACGGAAACAACAUACAUUCCUAUCUCUGCCGUGCUCCGUGGGUGUUUUGGUCUCUCGGUGGUAAACCCUUUGGCCUUCAUUGCCAAGCCUGAAGCCAAAGAAGCAAUCAAGCAGGUCAUAGCAAAGGCAGCUGGACCAGAAGUGGAAUACACGUACGUGCAGGACGUGCUUUUCCAAGAAGGGGAGGCUUGCACUUCUCGAAGGCUCAGCAGGUCGAAACGACGUUUGCAGGAAGGUCCUCUGCGCGCAGACUAUGUGAUUGUGGUCCCACCCACUCCGGCCACAGAGUCUUUGGGUGGAGCUGAAGCCAUUGGACAACGUGCCAAGAGCAUCAUUCAACUGGUGUCAGUCCAGCAGGCCACUACCUGGCUGAAUGAGGAGUUGCAGCGACAUAGCUCCCUUCGGAACUUCACAGCGUCCAUCACGCACAUUAGCUCCAUCAGAUUGCAGACGGCCGUCGAUCCCCUCAUCAUUCCCUCAGGUGGCUAUGAACGUGUCAUUGAGGCAGAGCAACAGGCGGAUACGACGGCUGGUUUGGUGGCCUUGAUUGCUUGUGCGGUGAUGAUCGUGUGCGCCGUGAUUUUGGGUGCUUGGCAGCUCUUGAAACGUCAACGGCAGCUGGUUUCAGUCAAUGAAGGAGGACACGAUGACUUGGACGACUCCAAUCAUCUCAGUCCCCUCACUCCAAUGACACCAGUGGAAAGGCUCACAGGUCUACCAAAGAGCUCGUUGAAUCCGCAGGAAGACCUUCCUGAGUUCGCGGAGCUUGAAGCUUUCAACAACGAGGACGUAGAUCCAACUUGUUUCAGCGCACCCUGUGCUGAAUGCUCCAAGUGCUCCAAGAGUGCCGAUUGCUGCAUAGGCCCUCAAGUCUAA